AUAUCUUAUUCAUAACAUAAUAAUAAAGCUCUCUCUUCUCUCUUUUGUUAAGUUAAUGGGGAGUGGUAAGAGAUUUGGUGUUCUUAAUUGUGCUGAGGAUUCCGAUUAUGUGAAGAAGAAAUAUGGCGGUUAUUUCGGGGUGUUUGUUGGAAUGUUGGCCGAGGAAGGCGAAGAUUGGAGAGUAUUUCGAGUGGCUUUUGACGAGUUUCCGGAUGAGAAUGAGAUCGGAAACUACGACGGAUUCGUAAUCACGGGGAGUUGCAAUGAUGCUCAUGGAAAUGAACCGUGGAUUCGUAGGUUGCUUACUCUUUUAGCUAAAUUGGAUUCUAUGAAGAUCAAAGUUCUUGGCAUUUGUUUUGGACAUCAGAUAUUGGGACGUGCAGUUGGAGGAAAAACAGGCAGGGCGAAAUCUGGAUGGGAUAUCGGAUUAAGAACAAUUCAACUCUCGUCCUCAACCUCGAGUUUAUUCAAUUCUCUUCAAAUUCCAAACAUGUUAUCUGUCGUCGAGGUCCAUCAAGACGAGGUAUGGGAACUUCCUUCUACGGCCGAGGUAUUAGCAUGGUCUAACAAGACGGGAAUAGAAAUGUUUAGGUACGGGGAUCAUAUCAUGGGUAUUCAAGGUCAUCCUGAAUAUACUAACGACAUCCUUCUUCAUCUCAUUGAUCGUCUUCUCCUUAACAAUAAGAUCACGGAGUCAUAUGCACAAGAGCUGAAGAAUGGAGUGAACGGUCGUGAUGAGCCUCCUAAUAGGGAGGCAUGGAAAAAGCUAUGCACUGGCUUCCUUAAGGGUAGAUUAUGAAUUAUGUUUCUAAUUAAUUUGUGUAUAUAUAAUUUAUCAUGUAUUAAUUAUAUAUGAUUAUCUAGUUUAUAAAACAAUAUUAAAGGAUUCAAUUGGGCUAGCUAGAGCCAUCAUAAACUAAUAUGUGAUGGCUAUGCAUUAAUUAAUGCAAUUAUCUAUGUUUUUCAUUUAUAUAUA